AUGGUGGAAACGACCAACUUUUUAACCCAAACCUUUAUCGGACGUAGCCGAUUCUUAAUACUCUAUAAAUUUUACAGUCUCUCAUACAUCUUUGAUUGUCGAAAGAGAAAGGUCAAGGGAAUGCAUACCAAGAUGUCCUUCAUUUUCGUUUACUGGAUAUUGAUCGGUUUCGUCUGUUCGAAAUUACUUUCCAGAGGGAACGCAAACUUGAACCAGCAAUCGAUAAACGACUUUUGGGAAAAUCCAUCCAUGCUCUUCAAUGAGAUAAAUGGGGAGCGUUGGUACCGUGAAAUUACAGCCGUAAAUCCUUUGGCUAACGGUGGUAAAUGUGGCACAAAAGAAAUGUCAGCCUUAAACAAGAAUGUUCUAUGCAAGCCCCGUCCUUACCUUGUCAAAAUAGAAGUACCAGAAGGUUUCACCAUGGUCCAUCCCGGUUACGUAGAAGUGAUGCGAUGCGAUCAUGGAAAAUGUCCGCAACAUUUAGCACAACAUUGUCUGCCAGGGGAAAAACAAUUGAGAAGAGUUUCAGUGUUGGCUUUCAAACAGGGAGAACGUGCACGGUGCUUGACGUUGGAAGUCGAGGAGCACGGUAACUGUAAAUGCGCUUGUUUGAUUACCGAGAAAGAUUGUCAACAAGUGCAAAUCUACUCAAAAAACAAUUGCCGUUGCGAAUGCCCGAACAAGAGCGAGGCCCAUGCGUGCGAGCAAAAUGGCUUUAAUUGGCAUUCAUCUAGUUGUCGAUGUAUCCAGGGCUGACCACAGUCUACGGAAUGAGGUCAUUCUAGACCCAUGUUCUAGGGAGAAAAAGAAAGAGAGAGAGAGCUAUAUCAGGCCCGAGGCCUGGGGACCGACGCCUGUUAUACAAUCUUUUUCAUGCCAUAUGGGUUGCCCCAAAAGUACUGUUGAAAGAGAAUAGAAAAAAAAAGAAAAUAUUACUAAUGUUGAACUGUCUAAAUGAAAGAAUUCUGGCUACGUAGUGUACACAUAGACACAUUGUGUACUUAUACACUUAACAAAAUCUUUUGAGGGUCUCUGACGAAAUCCAAACGUCGUCAAUGUCCAUUAAGCUGCUUGACUAAGUGUAUCGUGAAUAAACGAACGCAGAGGGGGCAAAAGGAAAUCUUACCCUUCUGUAGAAGAUCUGGCAAUUACCGAGUGGAUUUACGGUAGUUGAUCUUAUCUUUUUGUUAGACUUAACACACAGAGAGAGAAAAUAGGGAUUUCAAAACUUUUUGUUGCAUGCGUGUCGUCUGCGUGUGUGUAAGUCGUUACCACCGUAAAUGGAAGUGCUCGAGGGGACGAUGUCGACGCGCAACUUUCACUUUUUUGAAAUAGCCGUAGGCGAUUACCUCCACACACUUCGUGAUCCGUCGGAAUAAACAGUCGGCGUAAUAGUCUCAACAUUUUUCUUUAAACAGGUUUUUUUAAAUCAUCGCCUUGAAAGUAAAUUAAAACUAAAAAAAAAAUGCAAAACAAUGUAUCCUUUUUUUAUGAAAAUUCACCGAUAUAUUGGUCAUAAAAUUCAGCGUGUAACAACGUUGUGUUUACCAAGUACAAUUUCUGUUUCUUUUAAUCUUUAGAGAAUCGACACACACACAUACAAAGAAAAUACAGAGGCGUUUCAAAUAGCCAAUGUUUGAAAGAUACACACAAUUUUUUAUCGUCAGUGUAACAUUUUUUUUUCUUUCUAUUUUUCUCUUUAAAUGGUUCUAAAUGAAAUUAAUUUUUCCCCCCGACCCAUCGAAUAUAUUUUUUAUUUUAUUUUUUUUAAAGAGCCGAUAUGGGCGGCUUCGUCACGCAAAAAACGGGAGAAAAAUCGAAACACACAAAACCAAAAGAAACAAAAGGUUGUGUCCGUGUGUGUGUGUUACAAUUGGAGAGAAAAUUGCAUUUUGGGAAAAAACACAAAAAUAAUAGUCUGGCAGGACAUUAUAUAAACGCAAUGGAUUGAUGAAACACUUAGCGCGCGCAUAAACCGACUCAAUUCUUUUAACCUAAUUCUUUUUUUGUUUUUAAAUAAUCUUUCUUUUUUAAUGUCCAUCCCCAACACUGGUUCACACAUUCACACACGUCUGACCAACAGACACACGCACAAACAAAUUAAACGAGAGAAAACCGACACGAACCGACAGAGCGGAAUGAAGAGGGGAAAAAAAAGUCACAACAGAGAGAGGAAACAUAAAGAGAACCCAAUCGAAGGAAUAGGUUAAAGAAACAAAGUUUUUGUUUGUAAAUCUCCCAUCGCCCACAUAAUUUUUGUUUUAAAGAUAAAUCAAUGUCCCUAGAAAGAUACACGCAUUUUGGUUGUGUCUCCCGUUUUCCCCGGCCGUUCAUAUUGAAACUGGAUCAACCCCAGCUGUAUGUGGAUUUGGAAUGUAGCCACAUUACAAUAGCCAAAGAUUGGAGAGCAAUAAACAUAAACACACACACACA